AUGAGCUUCACCGACGAUACGAAGCGCAAUCUGAUCAUAGUGUCCAACCGCCUUCCACUGUCGAUCAAGCGUGUUGACGGAACAUUCCAAUCCUCCAUCUCUAGUGGAGGUUUGGUCACCGCAUUAUCGGGCUUGACAAAAUCGACUGAGUUCCGAUGGUUUGGAUGGCCGGGUAUUGAGGUCAAAGACACGGCAGAUAGGGCGCAGGUUGCGAGCAGCUUGGAUGAGCACAAUGCUACUCCAAUAUUCCUGGAUAAUGACUUGGCACGCGAGCACUAUAACGGUUUCUCCAAUCGUAUCCUGUGGCCUAUACUGCAUUACCAAUCGGGGGUCACUUUCGACGAUGGCCCUUGGCAAGCAUAUAGACGUGUAAACGAACUUUUUGCGGACGCGAUAGCUAAUUCUGCUGAGAGCGGCACUUUGAUUUGGGUGCAUGAUUAUCAUCUCAUGCUAUUGCCAGAGCUCCUUCGGAACAGACUUCAGGACCAGGGCAAGAAAUGCGCCAUUGGAUUCUCAUUGCAUACUCCGUUCCCUGCUGGUGACUUCUGGCGUAACCUGCCAGUCCGCAAGCAUCUCAUCGAAGGGCUAUUAUCCAGCGAUCUGAUAGGAUUCCACACAGAUGAGUACAAGCAAAAUUUCAUGGAUACCUGUGCCAGUCUUCUAGGCGCACGUAUCGAAAUUCGGAAUCAAAUCCAGUACAAAAAUCGACUUAUAUGCACAGACAAGUUUAUUGUAGGAAUCGAUCCCCAAAAAUUUAGCGAGACGUUGCAAAAGACGGACGUACAAGCUCGUAUCAAAUCCCUUGAAGAGCGGUACCGGGGCAUCAAGGUCAUUGUCGGCGUCGACCGGCUCGACCAUAUCAAGGGAUUAACACAAAAGAUGAAGGGCUUUGACUCUUUUUUGGAUGACCAUCCCGAGCUCCGAAACAAGGUUGUUCUCAUCCAGGUGGCCGUCCCAAGCCGUGAAGAUGUCAAAGAGUACCAGGAACUAGAAACGGAGUUGAGCACACUGGCUGGCAAGAUCAACGGCAAACAUGCUACUCCCGACGGCUCGCCAUUAUUAUAUAUGCACCGUUCGGUCCCAUUCACGGAAUUGACUGCGCUGUACUCCGUUGCUGAUGCAUGUCUGCUAACCUCCACCCGAGACGGGAUGAAUCUCGUAUCCUUCGAAUACGUCGCCUGUCAAGAGAAGAGGCAUGGAGUUCUCGUUUUGUCUGAAUUUGCUGGAGCUGCGUCUUUUAUGCGCGAAGGCAGUGUUCCAUUCCACCCAGCUAACACAACAGAAAUGUCUGAAGCUCUUUACAGCGCUCUCAAUCUAGACCCGGCUGAACGUAAGCGCAAGUAUGAAUAUCUUCGGGAUUUCGUCAAUACCCAUACCAGUGCGGAAUGGGGCCAAACCUUCAUAGAGAAGCUGUCCCAGCGUUGUCGACGACCUGGAGAUCCAUGCUCAUAA